UGUAUUGACCUGGAUAAAGAGAGAGAAAGAGAGAGAUUGAGAGAGAUUGUGGAGAAAACGAAUAAAGAGAUAUUGAUUGCGAGGAUUAACUGUUGGGUCUCGGGAUCAUUUCAGCGAGAAUGUCUGUGCUAUUCUGUUGCUGUGUCACUCCUUCCGAAGACAACGACGAGAGACAGCCCCUACUUCACACCAAGCCUUCAAAAUCAGCUAAACCAGAGUCGGCCAGACAGCCUCAACCAGCAGCCACAGUGAGUCGGAGUGGUCUGUUGGUCCCGAAGCGUGUGGGUGUGAUAGACUUGGACCAGCAGUUCUCUGAUGUAGCCUUGACGUUCAACCAACAACAGGAGAGCUAUGAUGCCAUGAAGGAACGCAUCAUCUCUCUGCGAUGCACCUACGACUGUAACAAUGACAGCAACCUGACUCUGACAGAGUGUGUGAGGAAGAUCAAAGAGGAGCACAAGGACAGUUGCAGUGUAACCAUGGUGAUGAAGGGGUAUGACUUCUCUCUCUCAGUGGUUCCGCUGAGGUCUGCGGUCGAGGGGGAGGAGUCUCCACCUAGCCGUCUCCGAUUGGCUCAGGAGGAGCUCUGUGGCAUUUCCCAGGGCGCCAAAGCAAUAAGCACCGCGGGGACCAAGCUCCAGGAGCUGAUAGGCUGGCUGCUGAAUGAGGGGGAGCGAAUGGCGGAGAGGGUCAGGGAGGUGGCACCAACCCAUCAGGACCGCUGUAGGCUGGAGAAUAACCUGAUUGAAACCAUGCAGGAAGUGAGAAGGGCGAGGGAGCUUUCGCUAGGUUACCGCCAGCAGGCUGGAGAGGUGCAAACUGAGGCCGCACAGAUAGCAGGACUGGCCUGACACACACUGUGGAAAAUCCCCUGUGGCUCCCCCAAAACUUAGAAGUUUCUGCAGCCCACUCAGACGAUCUACUCCCGAUGCCAAGGUGUCUGGCUGUAGAACUUUCUCACCACCAUGGCCAACUGACCCCUGAUUGGUUGCCAUGUAGCCUGCCAACUAUGAUUCUGAUCACCAGACUUAUCUAGCCAAGGCAAUUACCUGGUUUGGACCAGUUUAUGCUGCUCUGACCUCAGUGUCCUCCUCCAGCGGCACAGAGAGAGUGGAUACUCCUGUAUCCCUGUGCUUCUUCCUUCACCUCUGGACUUCUCCAUCCAAGGACGACCACCUGCGGACACCUUUCCUCUUCACUCCUCUAGUGUGUGUGCGUCAUUGCUCAAAGCAAGUGGACUUUGUGGAGCCAGUGUGCCUUUGUGUAUACGUUUAUGCACCUGUUGUAAUCCAAUGUUACAAUCUUCUUGGUCACCACUAUUCCUAACUGUUAUCCAGUAUAACUUGGUUAGUAUUUCACCUGUAUGUAAUAAGCCGUGUUACAUAUGCUGGUUAUACACUUAUGGUCGAGUUAUGAGUAGUUAUUUUGUGGCCAAUAGUUAGGCAACACUCUAGGCCUACUUACCAUUGAAACCUAUAGGCCUAAGAUGGCCGCCAGCUGCAAGGUAAUUUAGAUAUUCAAUUUGGCUGCCAUGUGUUACCGCAUCGAGAAGAUUGAAAUACUGCUAGUUUUUAAUUAAACUGCCUUUUUCGUCAGCACACUAGCCUAGCUAAUGCUAAAGCAACCCAUUGGAUUCCACAACACUUCCGGUAGCUACUCACUCCAACGGUAGGUAUUCUAUUUUAAUGGAAUCCUUUAGCAUUAGCUAGCUUAGAAUGAGGAGGAUAAAGGCAGUCUACUUAAAAACUAGCAGUAUUGCUAUCUUCUCAAUUUGUCAUUUCGGAUAUUGGGAUAAUUAGGAAUAAGCUACAGCAACAUCUUCCAUCCCUGGAUUGAGGUCUGUUUUCGUGCCAUAUCACGCUAUUAUCCCGGUAGUAUUUUUCUCAUUACUGUUGCUAUAUCUUUAUAGCUAUUCCACUGUGUAAUGUAUACAUCAUUUGUCUCUUCCUUUAUAGAUAGCAUUUAUAAUCACUAUCUCCCAUUCUCCUGGCAAUAAACCUGAGUUUUUUUACCCCUGUCUCCUACUGAGCCAUCCCCCUCUAACCAGGGACCUAGUGCAGUUGUUCGUCUUACUGGGGACCUAGUGCAGUUGUUCCUCUUACCGGGGACCUAGCGCAGUUGUUCCUUACACCUUGCACUGGCAACUCUAUGGGUCCACCUCUUACCGGAUGGUACUCUUUCACACACACUGAGAGGAGAGAGACCUCUGCUGACACAGAAUCUAUAAAUGUCACUUUUAAAUAUUUUGGGAAUCAAUGUAGGCUAUUUUUACUAUCACGUAAAAGCACACAAUGGACCUACACUGUUAGAAAACACUCUCCUGCAGGGGUCGGCUGAUCCUGGUCUUGGAGUGCCACAGAUUAUGACUGGUUAUAGAUAGUGUUUAAGUAUUGUAUAGUGAGUAUAGCUCUUAACUAGUUAGAGAAAUUAGCUGAGAUAUAUCCUGAUGUAUCCUGGACAGGAAUUCCUAAUCUAAUCUAAUCUAAACCUAAACAAACACUGUCGAUGUUAGAGAUCAUGUUAGGGUGUUAAUACUGUAUGUUAUUGUGUUUUAUAACAAAUUAAAAUGCACUCUGUUGUUGGUGUCUUAAGAUUUA